AUGAAAAAGGAUGAGAAACAAUUUCAACAAUUUCCAAAUAAAGGAAGAACUGUGCAAGCCAAUACUGAUUUGCCAAAGGGUAGUACUGUAUUUAGAUGUGCGCCAUUCGCUUCAUCAAUUGAAGAUUCUGAUAAAUUGGCAACUGAAAAGUAUUGUGGUUUCUGUUUACAGAGAAUUCCGAAAUCUGAUAGUAAAGAAUGUCUUUGUAAAAAUUGUAAGCUUUAUUCAGUUUGUAAAUCAUGUAGAUCGAUAAAUGAAAGUGCUGUGGAACCAUUUCAGAUUAUCAUAAAGAGUACUUUUCAUUUAGGUUCAGAUACACGUGAUAUGAGGUUAUUGUUAAGAAUCAUUGCAAACAUCGCAAAUGGUAAACAAGGAAUGCAAACUCCAAUUGAUGAUUAUCAGGAUUUCAUGGGUUUAACGAGUACAUUGGAUAAAGUUGAUAAAGAACAUAUGACAAAAUUUAAACGUGGUGUAACUUCAAUAAGUAGUUUAAUAUCAUCAGUACGUGGUGUUGGAUACUUAAAAAACACUAUUACAAUCCAUGAAAUAUUGGAAUGCUUUUCCUCAGUUUUGACAAAUGCUCAUCAAUUUUCCUAUGCUACAAGUAAAGAGAUUGGUAGAGGUGUUUGUCCAACUGGUUAUUUCAAUCAUUCUUGUAUGCCAAAUACGACAUGGUCAUUGGAUGAUCAAGGUAUGUUACUAUUUUCAACGUCCUCAAAUGUUAAAAAAGGUGAUGAACUAUCUCUUGGAUAUUUGGCAAAUGAAUACCCUUUAAAAAAUCGUAGACGAGAAUUAUUGGAUGGUUACUAUUUCUUUUGUCAAUGUCCACUUUGUGAAUUUCAAAGUAACCUAUCUGGUUAUCUUUGUGAAAAAUGUAAAGAACCAUUACUAAAUGACUCAAUAGUAUAUCAUGAACCAAGUUUAACAAAUCCAUUAGAUACUGGUAUUGGUUUAAUUAAACAUUUAAGAAAAAUGAUCGAUUUUAGACAACAAUCGGUUGAAUUUAAAAAGAUGUUCUCCUCUGAACAACUUUCAAAUAUUCUUCAAAAAGGUGUACCCAAACAUAUUCAAUCAGUAUUUAAUUGUGAUGCAUCUGAUAAUGAAGAACUACAACAAAUCGUUGAAAUCUCUGAACGUAGUAUUAAAUCUUUACCAUUGAUUAAUGGCGAACCAAUUGAUUUUUACCCUUUAUCUGAUAGAAACUAUUAUGAAUAUUUCAAACAAUUAAAAAAUUCAAAAAUUUCAUCACCUGAAGAAUUACAAAGAAUUAAAGAUAAAAUUUUAUCUUUAAUUAAUCCAACAAUUUAUAAUUCAUUUAAAGAUAAAAUUGAUAAAAGAUUAUUAAUUUAA